AUGUCCGACAAGUACUACAUUGGCAUCGACGUCGGCACCGGGUCCGCGCGCGCGGGUCUCGUCAAGCACGACGGUACACUCGUAGCCUCGUCUACGAAAGAUAUCACGACCUUCCGCGAUCCGCAAGAUCACCGCAUCUUCGAGCAGAGCACGACCGACAUCUGGAACGCGAUCACCACCUGCGUGCGCAAUGUGAUGACCGAGUCCAAGAUCGCGCCCGAGGCCGUCAAGGGACUCGGCUUCGACGCCACCUGCAGCACCACCAUCACCGAUCUUGACGGCGAGCCCGUCAGCGUCACGAAAGGCGAUGGCGUGGGCAAGCGCGGCGAGCGCAACAUCAUGCUCUGGGCGGAUCAUCGCGCCGAGGAAGAGGCUCAAUUCAUCAACUCGCAGAAGAGUAUCGUGCUCGACUAUGUCGGCGGCACCAUGAGCCUCGAGAUGGAGGUCCCGAAGAUCCUCUGGCUCAAGAAACACACCUCCGCCGCCGACUUUGCCAAGUGCCAGUUCUUCGAUCUGCCCGACUUUUUGACGUACCGCGCGACCGGGCAGAGCACGCGCUCGGCAUGCAGCAUCACCUGCAAAGAGUCCUACGUGCCCGACAAAGGCUGGCAGGCCGACUUUUUCAACGCCAUCGGUCUCCCCGAGAUUCCGCAGGCCGGGUUCAAACAGAUGGGCGCGCACGCCGAGGGCGAGAAGCUCACCGCCGGUGUACCUAUCGGUAAGGGUUUGAGCGAGAAGGCUGCGAAGGAGCUUGGGCUCGUUGCUGGUACGCCCGUUGGUAGCGGACUUAUUGAUGCGUAUGCGGGGUGGAUGGGCACGAUCGCCGCGAGGCAUAAGGAGAGGGACGGGAGUUUGAGUACGAAGGUUGCGUUUGAGGAGGCUGGCCAUCGGCUUGCGGCUAUUGCUGGCACUUCCACUUGUCAUGUUGUGCAGAGUAAGGACGCUGUGUUCGUUAAGGGUGUUUGGGGUCCGUACAAGGACCCUGUCUUCCCCGGUUGGUGGAUGAACGAGGGCGGCCAGUCUUCGACCGGACAGCUGAUCGACUUCAUGAUCACCACGCACAAAGCGUAUCCCGAACUUAAGGAGCUCGCCGCCAAGCGCAAGACGAACAUCCACCAAGUCCUUCGCGACACUCUCGAAGAGAUUCGCACAAAGGAAGGCGCAGACUCCUGGACGCAAAUGCUCAAGGAUCUGCACUUCUACCCCGACUUGCACGGUAACCGCUCACCGAUCGCCGACUCGCGCAUGCGCGGCUCGCUCGUCGGCAUCCAGCUCGACGACACUCUACACGACCUCGCGCGCAAAUACGCCGUAACGCUCGAAGCCAUCGCCCUCCAAACGCGCCACAUCGUCGACUCGCUCAACAACGCCGGCCACACCAUCAACAGCAUCUACAUGUCCGGCUCGCAGGCCCAGAACGUCGCGCUCAUGCAGUGGUUCGCAGACGCGAUCCACAUGCCCAUCGUCAUCCCCGCCAACUUCGGCACCGCCGUGCUGCUCGGCAGCGCGAUGCUCGGCCGGUUCGCCGCGGAGUACCAGGACAACCUCGGCGAGGAAGGGCACAAUAAGGCGCUGUGGGCGGUCAUGGAGGAUAUGACGCCGCCGGCUACGGUCGUGUAUCCUGCUGCGAGCGAGAAGGAGACGAAGUUGCUUGAGGCGAAGUAUAAGAUCUUCCUUGAGAGCAUUGAGAUUCAGAAGCGGUGGAGGAAGGAGAUGGAGGAUGCUAGCAAGUAG